CUAUAUUAACUUGUUAAAUAACGUCGAUUAAAUCAGUAUUACACGUCUGUUUGCUGUAGUAGGUGUAUUUGGUGUGCGAUAAUGGGUUCCUGUGACGAUGAGUUAUUAAAACUUCAUUCAGACACCGUGUCGACUUUAAGAAAACUGUACAAGUUGGACAAGAGAGAGGAUAUGGACAGAGCCAUUGAUGCGCUCGAAGACUGGCUGAAGAAGCAAUACCAUUUCACUAAAAGGGAAUACCCUCGAGAAUAUUUGGAACGAUCAAUAAUAUUUAUGAAAGGAUCAGUGGAGAGAGUAAAAUUACAAAUUAGUAAUUUGUGUUCAAUGCGAACUAUAUUUCCGAACUUUUUUGAGAAGGUCGACGCCAUAAAUGAUUUUGUUCAUUAUGAAGACCCAGUAUGGAUUGACGCCUUUCUACCAAAACUAACUAAGGACAACUACAGGGUAUAUGUGAUGAAAUUUAUGAAAGAUGGAGUCACCAGUGAUAUGUUAUUGGAUAUGUAUAAACUAGGUGUUCUGAAAACCGAAUACGUAAAAGCGCAUGAUUAUGCAAACGGAUUCAUCGGCAUCAUCGAUUAUAGAAAUAUCAACAUUAUGAGUUUAAUUUCUGCCAUCAAUAUAAUAACAACGCAUCAAAUAGCAAAGAUAAUAAUGGAAGGCUAUGGUUUGAGAAUAAAGGGAAUACAUUCUAUUUCAUCAUCAAAAGCAAUUAAAACAUUAGCGAAAUUAUUGAAGCCCAUUCUAAGUCCAAAAAUAUUCAGUCGAAUACACAUACAUUCGAAAAUAGAAUCGCUUUACGAUCAUGUGCCAAAGGAAAUAUUGCCUAUGGAACUUGGAGGUUCUGGGGAAUCCCUUGUACCAUUAACAGAAAGGUUGAAAGCUGCUAUUGGAACUAAAGAGAAUGUUGACUACAUGAGAGAAAUGAGUAACGCCGUGUCAAAAGAAGCGCACAAAAUGAAGGAGACAUUGAACAACUUGGAUUUAGGCGUCGCUGGUACCUUUAGAGCUUUAAGUAUUGAUUGAUUUGCAAUGUUUUCGAAACGUCGAGAAAAAUAAUAAUAAAAAUAACCGCCAGUUAUUUUUAUUAUUCUUUUUCGCCAGUUUUUUUACAAUGAUUAAUAGGUAAUAAAUUUAAUGCAAUUUUAUGAUAUGUUUGAAAUGGACAAUGUGUUUGCUUAUUUAACAUUUUGUAUUUAAUCAAUGAAGACUAAAGCCUAUGUAAGUUUAGAUGAAAUAAAGUGUGCAUAUUGAUA